AUGGCAGCCGCUGCUGAGAAGAUGUCGCCUACUGAUCCCAAGUUCGAUCAGUACGACUUCCCUACCACCGCCCCGGAAGCCCAGUCUGGUCACCCUGGCCACACCACCCCGGAGCAGGAUGAGAAGGUCGUCAAACUCCGUGCAGAGCUCCUCGAGGAGGGCUACACCGAGCGAUUGGAUACCUUGUCGCUGUUGCGCUUCCUGCGUGCCCGCAAGUUUGAUAUCGCGGCCGCCAAGCUUAUGUUCACCAAUUGCGAGAAGUGGCGCAAGACUUUCGGAACUGACGAGCUCCCCGCCGUCUUCGACUACAAGGAGAAGGCCGAUGUGUUCAAGUUCUACCCCCAAUACUACCACAAAACCGACAAGGAUGGCCGUCCCGUCUACAUUGAGAAGCUAGGCAAGAUCGACCUCGACAAGAUGUACAAGAUCACUACCGGUGAACGCAUGUUGCAAAACCUUGUGACCGAAUACGAGAAGCUGGCCGACCCCCGGUUGCCCGCUUGCUCGCGCAAGGCCGGCAAGCUGCUCGAGACCUGCUGCACCAUCAUGGACCUGAAAGGUGUUGGUGUCACCAGCAUUCCCUCCGUCUACGGAUACGUGCGCCAGGCCUCCGACAUCUCCCAAAACUACUACCCCGAGCGUCUGGGUAAGCUGUACAUUAUCAACGCCCCCUGGGGCUUCAGCAGUGCCUUCAGCUUCGUCAAGGGUUUCCUUGACCCCGUCACCGUCAACAAGAUCCACGUUCUUGGCAGCGGAUACCAAAAGGAGCUCCUUAGCCAGAUCCCUAAGGAGAACCUGCCCGUUGAGUUUGGUGGCUCUUGUAACUGUGAGGGUGGCUGUGAGCUCUCCGACAUGGGUCCUUGGCAAGAGUCCGAGUGGGUUCGUCCUCCUGCCUGGGCUGCCCCCAAGGAGGCUCCCAAGGAGGAGGCUCCUGCUGCCGUCAUUGAGAAUGAGGACCCCGGCUACGAGAAGAAGGAUGCCGAGGGCCAGGAGGGUGCUGUGGCCAGCGCCUAA